GCGCGAGAGACAGAAGCGUGAGCUUGUACGUGAUCGUUUGUCCGCGUUCGACGGAUCUUUCAAAUAGCGUGCGUGCGAUCGGUAGACGGUAGACGAUCAGAAAAAAGUACGUUCGUAAAAUCAGUUAGGCAAGGGGCGGUCGGUAAAAUCUCGGGAAGAUAGACCGCGAGGGACAGCAUUAAUCCCCGGCCUUGUGUACGUACUGGCACACGAUAGCCGAUCGGGCAUACUGGUGACACGACUGCGGAUUUUCCUUAGUCAAGAGAGAACAUACGAAGCUCGUAAAGCGCGUGUGCUCGUGUGCGUGUCACUGGGAAGAGUUCAGAGCCGCUUCGGCGGCGCUCCCAAAUCUAACCGCAGAAUCGAGUCUGCGGUGGUGAGUGGUGGUUUUAUCGGAGCACGUCUCAAGUACGAUCGCGAUCGCACGCGGCGGGGUCGUUUGUAAUGGAGGAGGUUUCGGAGUGUAUUCCCGUACGACGGAACAGUGUCGGCGAUGCACGCCGUAUCGACUGAAACGCGAUAUUUAUCUUUAACCAUUCCUCCCGGCCGGCCGGGCGAAAGAGGCAGGUCGAAAUUGGUAUGGAAUCGUCCAGGGUCCUCGACACUCGGAACACUCGCUCCCGUCUGUGAUAAACCACUAGCCGUUUAGAAGGAGACAGAAGAAGGGAAAAGAAGAGAUAGCUGUGCGUGUGUUUCGCGCGUGUUCUCGUCUGCCCUCUUCAUCUCGUAUUAAGUGUAAACAUUUCCUGAAAUCCGCUGCGAGGUUAGGAUAGCAUGGGGAUUGAUCCCCUGAAGGCAUCGACCGACUCGCCGUGACACCUGCGACUCGCCGUACGGUGUUUGUGCGUGCGUGUAUGUGCGUGCUUGUGUAUGUAUCCUCCCAGGAAGCCGUUGGAGUAUUAUUUCCACCGGUUACCGUCCAAGGGAAGACCAAAGAAGAAAAUAUGUCAAGAAUGGGGAUCGAUCCCCGAGAUAACGUACAUUGUCGCUGUUAAUCGACCGGGCACACGUCGGGAAUUUUCAUCGUUCAUUCGAACCUUUCUGUCACGUUAAACAGACUAUCUCUGCCGCGACACAGGACACUCGCAACAUGCAGAAAAGAGACGGUAGGGAUACUCGCGAGAAGGAGCACGCUCGUAGCUCCGAGCGUGAACAGGAAGCCACGAAGAGAACCUCUCGCGGUAGCGGUAAUGCUGCCAGAUCCAACGUGCAUUCCUCAAGGCAUAGUGACUCCUCCGCCCCCACUGUACUCAUGGUCGGCCCCAAUUUUCGUGUCGGCAAGAAAAUUGGCUCUGGCAAUUUCGGAGAACUUCGGCUAGGGAAGAACCUCUACAAUAACGAGCAUGUAGCAAUUAAAAUGGAACCAAUGAGGACGAAGGCGCCGCAGCUACACUUAGAAUAUGGAUUUUACAAAUUAUUAGGUACACACGAAGGUAUACCGGAGGUAUACUACUUUGGUCCAUGUGGGAAAUACAACGCUAUCGUGAUGGAACUUCUCGGACCUAGCCUGGAGGACCUGUUCGACCUCUGCGGUAGGAGGUUUACCCUGAAGACCGUUCUCAACAUCGCCAUACAACUUCUUCAUAGGAUAGAAUACGUUCAUAGUCGACAUUUGAUCUACCGUGAUAUCAAGCCGGAAAACUUCCUAAUAGGACGAAGCACAACCAAACGUGAGAAGAUUAUUCACAUCAUAGAUUUUGGACUGGCCAAACAGUACAUAGACUUGCAAACGAAUAAACACAUACCGUAUCGGGAACACAAAAGCCUUACGGGCACGGCGCGUUACAUGAGCAUCAACACGCAUUUUGGAAAAGAGCAGAGCAGAAGGGACGACUUGGAGGCGUUAGGACACAUGUUCAUGUACUUCCUGCGCGGUAGCCUUCCCUGGCAAGGACUGAAAGCGGACACGUUGAAAGAACGAUAUCAGAAAAUCGGCGAUACGAAGCGGAACACUCCGAUCGAGGUACUCUGCGAAGGUCAUCCCGAAGAAAUGGCUACGUACUUGCGAUACGUCCGUAGACUGGACUUCUUCGAGACGCCCGACUACGAGUACCUGAGGAACCUCUUCCAUGACUUGUACGAGAAACGAGGCUUCGUCAACGACGGCGAAUUCGAUUGGACUGGCAAGACGAUGUCAACGCCUGUCGGAUCCAUGCAGACUGGACAAGAAAUUAUCGUAUCGCCGAAUCGUGAUCGGCAUCCUUACAAGGAUGUGACAGGUCCAGGGGUGGGAGGCGGGAAUGGUAAAGGGGUGGGAACCACGUGGCCAGAUACUGUGAAGCAAUCAGGAGCCGGUGGUACGUUGACGCCUGCUGAUAGGCACGGUUCUGUGCAGGUGGUGUCCUCGACGAACGGUGAAUUAGCCAACGACGAUCCUACUGCAGGACACUCGAAUACACCGAUUACAGCACCUCAAGAAGUGGACAUGGUGGACGAAACCAAUGUUUGCUUUAUUUGCAGAUGCUGUUGCUUCUUCAAACGGAAGAAGAAGAAAAGUGGAAGACAAAAGUGACUGUCUGUUAUCGUCGAUCUUAGGGGGGCAAUACAGUGUGCGUGUAAUAGUACAGGUGAUGUUGGGAAACGUGUCGCGGCAGUGCGACUCUAUAGAAGACGAGAUGGUACCGUGGACAGAGAAGCUGCAGGCGAUACGGAAAGUGAGGCCGUUACUUUGCUACGUGCCGGAAGUCGAUCUGCUUCUCAGGAUUCGGUGGUGAACGCCAUCGUCACGAUGUCAUGCCGUCGACGUUAUCAAAUUAAACCACCAUACAGCCAUCGUUACUACUGCUACUACUAUUGCUAUUAUUCUCAUUAUUAUUAUUAUUAUUAUGAUUAUUAUUAUCAUCACGAUUAACUUUUGCUCUUCUUCUUUUUCCUCUUAUUAUUAUUAUUAUUACGAUUAAUCUAUUAUUAUUAUUUUCAUUAUUUUAUUAUUAUUAUUAUUACUACAAUUAUCAUUGUCAUUAUCUGUACGAUUAUCGUUCAAUGGUCCAACAUCGUUGUCAAUGUCGAUGUUACCGAUUAUAAUGCUGUAAACCUGUCACUGCUGAUUGAGAAAAAAGAACAGUUGGAUUGUUCAGUGCCGGCAAAUCAGUCCACCUACGUGUGCAUGCGGUAAAAGAAGGAAUUGACGUGCCGAUGGUGAAAGAACGUGUUUGUGCCUACGACUCUCUCUCGUCUUGUACCACACGGUGGCGCUCUCGAAACAACGCCGUUCAUUGCUACGUGUAUUACGAUACACGUACUAAAUCGUAAACGAAUUGAGGCUGAGAUUUCAUUUUAUUCGAAAAGAAAAGAAAAUCUGUCCUGGAUUAACGAGCGUAGCGUACUCCUGCUUCUAUCGAAAUUUCAACGUACAAAAACACGAUUUGUCGAGAUAGGGGCGACUGGAAAGGCAUGAAACUGAAAUGAUAACACGUUUACGUAUGCUUACUGGUAACAUCGCGAGUACGAGAACGCAUCGAGUGAGGCAAGGUAUUUAAAUUCCUAAUCAUGUUACAUUUCGAAUAUUUCUUUCGUAUAUUGUUCGUUGAAUAAUCGAGUCUUAGAUGGGCUUUCUUACGUACUCGAAGGUUCCGAAUUUUUCUUUGUCUUUAUCGAAUGAAAAAUCGAUCAAUGACACGUGUGUAUUAUUCUUUUUAUGAAUUUAUAACAGUAUUAAAGCUUUAUCAGUAGGUAGCUACGAAGAUCGUGCUGAAAUCGCAUUCAUUAUAUUUUAGUUAAUGUUCUUUCUUUUUUAACUAUAUUAUUUUUCAUUACGAUUUUUUUACGCCUACACUGCCUAUCGUUGUUCUACGUAAGUACACGAUUAUACGUGAAGUUAAUCUACAUUUGACUGUACAUAAAAUAUAUUCGAGAACUAUUUUGCUACGAAGCCAUACCGUACUUUAUAUUUCUUAGUAUUUCCGUCAAUCGUAUAUCAUUUAACGAGCUUCGUGAUACUUCGAGGUGGUUGUUCAAGCGUUUUGAUCGAUACACGAAGGGGAGGAACAAAGACGAUUGUAAUUUUGCACGCGGAUCGAUUUUUCGGUUUCAUGCCUUCCGUGUAAUUACCUUGUAAGAAAAUGUUAUACGUCGCAGAAGCAAUUCAAAUCACAUUUUAUAUAACAUAUCGAAUCAAAGAAAAUGAAAAAAAGCAUAAGGAUUAUUGUCUGUAGAUUGUAUUAUCUACUCGAACAUAGAUCAACGAACGUAUAUGGUACGUGUCGAUACAGUUGAUCGUUGUUCUACAAAACGCGAUGAUUCAAAACAGUGUCUUGAAUCAACACUUAUCGUGUACGAGAGGACCCGUUUAUUUCAGCGAAAUUUUUUUAUCCUUGGAACACGCGUGUAACACAUAGAUUAAACUAUUUAGAAAUGUAACGAAAAGAGAACCAAAGUAUGCCUGUAAUUGAAUAUAUAUUUACGUCAAUAUAGGUUUCAUUUUAAAGCAAUCGAAUACUUUUAUCGUCUGUGUUUAAACACUACGAACGAGAACAGAAUUUUCCUUCGAACUACAGAAGUCAAGAAAAAGGGAAGAAAAAUGUAUAAAGAAAGUGAUAUCUAGCGUACAAUACCGCGAACUUUCGUGGAAAAUUUCGAUGACUUACUACAAUCCGCUCUCGUUAUAUAGCUACGGAUCAGCUACGACAGAAAAUUAUUCAAAUUCAUAAUAUUUUAGAUUGAUCUAACGUUCAGCGUUUGACGGAAAAUUGUCCAAUUUAUAGUGUAUCAAUAUGCGUGAAUGUAGCAAUAUAUCGAGGGUCUACUGUAGUACAUCCCACGAAGUAGCGAAAUGUUAUAUACAAAUUUCUAUGGAUGUUCUCGAAAAGACAUUCGAGCAAUCAACAGAUACUUAACGCGAAACAUACAUGUGAAAUAGAAGAAGAAGAAGAAGAAGACGAAGAAGAUGUAGAAGAAAGAGAAGAAGAAAAGGAUCUUUGUCAGCCCUGCCGAUUAAACGAACAAGUAAAAAAGUAUAUCGAUAUUACGAAGUUUUGUUACAAAUUUGGAACGAUCGUUCGCCUCCGUCGAAGCAAAACUUUUAGAUCAAUCUUUUUAUUCGGUUAACUCGAGAAUUUUUCGAUGAUAAUCACGCUGUACGACACGCGAAUACGUACGAAAUCUGUCGCACAUUCAAGGACUUGUAUUGUUCGUUUAUUUGCAGACUGAUAAAUAAUAAAGUGAUUUAAGUACACGUUAAUCUGAAAUUCUUUACAUUUCGAAGUUAGGUAGAACUCCCUGAUGAUACAUGUUUAGAAGAUACACGAUAUAGAUUUUAAGAUAACGAAAAUGUUCUCGCCAACUAUGACACGUCACAAAACGUCCUUUUAUUCUUUGCUAAUCGUUUAUAUCGAGAACAGAAAUAUACAGAGAGAUAGAUUUUCUAAAAAAAUACAAAGAAAAAAACAAAACAUGUUCAUAUCUAUAAAUAUUACCGAUAACGUUAUACUACACAUAGAUGUACAAAAAAGUAAAAAGAUUAUUAUUCGAAAGUAAACACAUGUAUCGCCAUAAGUUAUAUCAGUAGAUGCAAUCGUAAAUAUACUGUCGUUAACUGAUAAAGGCAAUAAUGAUAAUGAAAGAUGAAACUGUUGCGCUAAUGUCUUUGCGUCUCGUUAGAUCGUCGUUGAUUGAUAAAAGAGGCAAAAGAAGAGCGAAAAUGAAACUGGUUAGAGUAACAAUCGAUGUGUACAGUUCUUUCGUCAUUGAAUAAAAUAUCGUCCACUCGAAGAGAGAGUGACCACAAAUUUGUAACAAAACGAACUCGCUAAUCAACUAAAUUUAAAAAAAUCUGUUUAAUCGGCUAGUCAGCACAGAUUUUUUUCUUCUUUGCAAUCGGAAAAGUUGAAUCGUCUAUCAAUGCGAUACCACUUUGAUCAACCAUAUUACUUUGAAGUUAGGUCGACGAUUACAUUCAUAGUUUUGUUUAUUAUGGUACCGAAUUUUUAGACGAAUAAAUUUUAUGUACUUUUUAUAGUAAAAUUUCAGUGAGCACGCAUUAGACCUUCGACCAAAUCAUUUCUAAUCUCAAACAGGUUAACGCAUUGAUUACCACAGUAGAAAUAGUCAUGUUUAAUAAUAGUAAUAUAACGAGAGUCUACUGUAUUCCAAGUUUUUUCAUUAUUUUAUCGAAAUAAAUUGGUAGGGAAUCUCCAUGGUAAUCAGUGAGUUACAGAAAAAGCGGCGUAAGCAAGAACAUGUCAUUCGUCUCCGCGUGAAGUCGGCGAGCGUUAAGUUUACGGUGUUCGAAGAUCCGAACUCGUACUAAUUAGUCUGGCCAACGAUUUCGUACGACUAUCAAGUCGUAUCAAUGCACACCGUGUUAGCGUACCCGUACACAUUGUAUUCGAUGACCAGAACAAUGAAAAAUGAAAACGAUCGAUGUACUUAGAGAGAGCGUAUCACGAAGCGCUGCGCCAUCCUUCUUCACACCUGAUAUCACGCUGUCAUUACCCAUCGGAUGUCUUGAAGUAAUACGCUUAAAAUGGAAAUACGAGCUAAACCAUUAAACUCUGUGGAUUUCCUCUCUCUCGUUGUAUCAGUAUCUUCCCACUGAAUGCUAAAACCGGGAGCAUUGUUCCUUUUUGUAAGCUUGCCAGAGCAAGUGAUCGUCGAACAAUCGUCGGACGUUACGUUUCUUGUACAGUGGCGGGAGAAAGAGCGAAUGCAACCGACAUAAA